AUCAACAUUCCCUGAGAAACAGCUGACCUCAUCCCUGGGCACAAACUCUGAGAAGAUUGUUCGCUUUGCAGUUCGAUCAUUAGGCUGGGUGAAAAUUGCCGAAGAGGACUUAACCCCAGAGCGUAGCAGCAAGGCUGUCAACAAGUGUAUCGUUGACCUCUCUCUGGGCCGUAAUGACAUCAACGAUGCCGUGGGACGCUGGGGAGAU